AUGGCGGAAGCAGUCGUCUUUCCAGGCUCGCCUCUGCAUCAAUACCUGCGAGACGUUCAAGAGCCUCAUGUCGCUCCUCAAGAUGGAGAUCUGUCUGAAGCAUCAACAUCUGGCGCAGAGUCACAAUAUGCCUCUUCCCUCGCCGAAACUGCAUCAGCGUCCAGGCCUGCAGAGGAUUCCGCUGCACCAACAUCAACGAUAACUCCGAGAUCAACCUACCUCGACUCUUGCACUAAUACAAACCCAGCGACCGCUCAUCCCACAACAUCCAGGCACGCCGGCAGCGAUCGCACAUCUCACAGCCCAGCGUCAAAGUCCGACAACCAACCUUCCAUCACAAAGGCCGAGAAGCAAGUCAACUUCUUCUCGCAACUUACAACUUCAUUACGCGCCUUGCUCCAACACUUGCUGCUGCCACUAGUCAUCAUGAUUGCCCCGCAUGUCUUUGCUAUGCAACAGUCAUCGGAGGCAUCCAUGUCUACCGGCCCAUAUCGACAGGUCCCCAGCCAGCCAACAAGCACAAGCACCGAUCAACAAUCGCAUCACCGCGACAAGAGCUUUGCAGAGAGAUUCAAGUACGCCAUCUGCUCGUCUUUUCUCCUCACUCCAAGCCUCUCCAUCUCCUUCUACGAAACAAGUCCACCCUUCGAGACCCAGCAGCCGGCUUACUACAAAGAUGCUCCCAGGCCUGGAGGCUACAUCAAGGGACAACGUCCAAGUCCUUUGCCCAUCCACAAGCAGUGCUAUGUCGAGCCCCUCGAUGCACCUGCCUCGAUAUUGCCGAAUGCCUCCAGCUCCACAGCAGUCCACCAUCAGCGUCUGCCGCGCCUCGAUACUCAAGGCCGUCGAGCUCGCAAUGCUGCCUUCUUGGCUGCCAUCUUCCUCAUUCCCCCAACAAGCAAGUCAUGGCAAGCAUGGUUCUCCACUUUGCUCCUCAUAACCAGUCUCACCUGGGCUUUCAUUCUCUUCCUCACUCAUACUUCUCCUGACGACAGCAUCCAUUUCUCCCUCUCGCGCCAAGCUUCUCCCGCCCUCCUCACAUCUGCUGCUUCACUCCGCAAUCUUUCCACUUCCAAUGAACCUCGCCAGUCCCACAGGGAAGCGAUCCGACGCUCUGCCCUCAAAAACGUUUCCAACUUGAUCCGCGCAGCGCAGCAAUUCGACCUAUCCAUUAACAAAGCCAUCAGCGCCAUCCAGGAGGUCGAGAUUGUAUCGCGCGGAUACAAGCUCACCCAUCCUCUUCCGCCCAUCUCCAGAAUUGAAGCUGCCACCAGUCACUCUCCUUCUCCCUCUCGACAACGCCGUUCCAUGGCUGCACCGAUCUUGCCUCCUACAGCUAAGCUCACCCGCACCCUCUCGGGCGGGGGCAUCGGUGCACCUACUAUCAAACGACAUACCCAACGCCCUCUUUCGCUUACCCUCUCCAACGGCCGAGCAUCACCCUUUGACCGUCCUUCAGGUCGUGCAUCUCCAGCCAUCUCCAACAUCGAAGCUGACCUCGACCUGACGCAGAAGCUUCUCGCCGAGCAGAGCACAGCAGCUCUGGCUUCUGGCAUAUCCGCACCGCACAGGAUCCUCGAGCUGCGCAAGAGCGUCAUUGCAGCAUUGCAAGAUGUCGGUGCUGCCUGCACUACUUCCACUGCCUCCUUGCAGAUACUCGCUGAUCCAGAAGAGCUUGCUUUGCUUUACGAUCUCUACGCUCUCGAUGCGAGUACGCAGGAGGACGCAAAUCAGGCUGAUCUCUCUCUCGCCUGGACGAACGGCGAGACCUCUGCUUUCUCCGACGACUCACCCGACCUCGAGCAAGACCGCAAGGGACGGCUUGCGACUACACCUCGCAACCUUGGCAGCAGCAUAUGCUCCCCUGAUCUUUCUGGCCCAGCUGAUGCAUUCUGGCGGCCAGAUUACAGUCCGCAGGCAACAGCUUCGAUGCAUCGCAAAAGGCUUUCGCUUGUCUCGAACGGUGCAUCGGUUCAAGACCAGCUGCAGCAGCACUCGCCGCGCCCGGCAUCUUCCUUAUCUCGUUGCAGCAGCCUCGUCUCAGAAUCCGGCAACAUGAGUGUCUAUCGAUCUCCUCGCUUCAACUACCUUCCCGAUAAGACGACCGCAUCAUCUGGACCCAACGAGUCAGCUGCAGCCAAACGUCUCAGCUACAUGUCCAACUCCUCUCUCACCACUGCAUCGUACGACACUCGAUCGCCAGCAAUGCGAAACUCGUCCAUCGUAUCAUCCACCUUCUCACCGCCCCGUUCUUCCGCUCAGACCUACUCGGCUGCUACCAGUCCACAGUCCAGAGCCACAAAGCGCAGCUCAAUCAUUCCUCCCAACUCGAUCUUUGCGCAGAUGGACACUUUGAUUGCUAAUGUCUCACAUACCGAGCCUGCUGAUCCUCUGUCACUGCUCAGCAUCAAGUCCAAGUUCGAGUGGAUGCACAGGGCUCGAAGGCGUUGGCUUUCUCAUGUCCUCGCGCUGCCUCUCACGACGAAUGGCAACAUAAUGCUCUCCAACGGUGCCAGCUUGCCUGCCGACCAGUACUGGACUGCUGCUUCUUGCGAGAUUGCAACUCUCACCUCGACCUUCGCUGAACAGGACAAGGCUACCGCCCAGAUGGUCGCUAAGGAAAUGGGCACAGACUUUAUCAACGCUCUCAAGAUCAAGUCGGUCGACAAGCAUGCCGCUUCUCGGUCCGAGUCACGAAACGGCCUCUUGACAGUGCCUGCUGGAGAAUCAAGCAUAGGCUCUAUUGUAGCUCAUCCUGGACUCGAAGAUCGACUGCACACAAUGAUGUUGUCUCUACGCUCCUUGCAGUCCAAGAUCCGUGUCUGUGCGGAGGAGAUUCGUGUCAAAGUACCGCCAGGUCUUCACGGCAUCAAUGACGAAAACGCAGGCUCUGAGCAAGCAACAUCGGCAUCCGCCCUAGUCGACGAGGCCACAAGCAUCAUUCAGCUGGAGAAGACGCUCGAAUCGAUGCGUGACGACCUGCUCAGCCUAUCAUCCGAGUGGGAGGCGACUGUCAAGCUGGUACACAAGGAGAAGCGCAGGUCACCAAGUCCUGUCCCGAGCACCACCGACAUGGAAAGCGAUGUAGCGACCAAGCUGAAUGCUGCUCGAGACCUCGAAUCACCACUUGAGCCUGACGAGGAUAAGAAAGGCGAUGCUAACCGUGUCGAUCGUCUCUCGUCCCUGUCUGAGCGAGAUGCAGAAGCGCUGGAGCAUGUUGCCCUCAGCGACGACGAAGAUGACAGCGACCUGGCCCAACUUCUUCUGAGUUCUACAUCACCCAACUCUCUCCCGCCUCCUGGCCUCGAGCAGGUCUUUGAAAGCAUCGCUGGGAUCGCCCGACUAUCAGGCUUGGGCGUAGGCGUAGAGGCAAAGAACAUCUCACGUGCUGAACGUAUCCAGCAAACCAAACGUCAACGCCAGCUAGACCAGGAGAAAGGAGCCAAUGACAAGGCAUCUCACCGACACACCAUGGAUUCAUCUGGCAUCAUGUCGGAACUCAGCGACGUAAUCUCUUCUCGCAAAGUUGUUCGUGAGCAACGUCAUCGCUCUCCUCUCCCUCCCACCGCCGCUGAUAGCGCGUUUGUAUACCAGCCAGAACCAGAACCAGAACCAGAACCAGAAUCAGAGCCAUUAGCAGAGCCUGCCUUAGCUCUCGGCUCACCACUCGACCUCGACCCCGCAGCGCAACAAGGCGUCUUUGGUCCCGGUGACAGCUUCUCUGAAGACCAAGCUGUGCCUCGAGGAUCGCUCUCCUCUCUUGACCUGGCGCGUGCUCGAGCAUUGCAGAGUUUGCAAGCGCGAUCCCCAUCUGUUGCCUCUUGUUCAACUUGGAAUUCGUUCGAUGGCGAUGAUUCGCAGCCGAGACUAUCGGAUGACUUUUCCUUUGAACCGACAGCGUUGGAGUCUGUGCCUGAAGAUGCUGGUUCGACUGCACUACUAGAGUCUCGUUCAGCGCAUUGCGACUCGACGAGCAGGAAAAGUACACCAAAGGCUUCACAUGCUUCGCUGGGGAUGGGAGAUGCAACGCCAGUUCCGGAUAGUCCGUUUGAUUGGGGGGCUCAGGUUGCGGCGUAUGCGAGGAGAAAGGCUGCUGCUAAGGCUCAGGCCGAGGCGGUUGCUAUCCACGCUUCUGCCUCCGAGUCUAGUAUGCAGUCGUACAAGUGA